AAUAGUAUCAAGGACCUAUUUCAAACUGGUGGCAAUCGUAUUUCAGAAACCUUAGUAUCCUCGCCGUCGCAAAUAUUCCAACCGUCACACUUGACGCCGUCGCAUCUCAACUAGUCACCACCGUCACACCUGGCCGCCGCGUUCGUUGGCAAAACAAAGAGAGAAAGCCUUUUCCAACACAAAAAAAUAGGAGAGCGAAACAGACACUGACAGCACUCCUUUCGAUUUCUUUCUCUCUCCUCCUUCUCCGUCUCUGCUUUCUUUCUCAAUUCGUCGAUCCCAAAUCUUCACAGACAGGAUUAUUAUACGAAUACGAUUCUGAUCUUGUAGAUCGGCAUGAAGGAAACUUUUACUUGAUUUUAUCGGAUAUCAGGUUUGUGAUUCAAUGGAUGAACCAAACAGGUGCAUCGGCACAUGCAUGGCAUAAGGUAUUCUCUUCCUUCCUUCUUCUUUUGAGCUUUGGUAGAUUCUCUCAAUUGUUCUCCGCUGUCGCCGUCGUCAUUCGAAACCAUAAAAGGAGUGAUAGAUCAUCUUUGACUAUGAGGGUUUGCAAGAGGAGGAAAACAAAGAGGUUCAUUACAUCGCACUUUUGAGUUGAUAUUAUUACUGGGUGGCUCUGGUGCAGCCCUGCUCUCCGACCUGCUGCCUAAUUUUGUAUUUAGAGAUACAAGAGUACUAAAAAGACAAAAGGCAUUGAUACAAAAUGCUUCAACACCAAAUUGUGCAGUCCCCUGCUAGGUUAGGUCUUACAAACCCUAACUCACCAUCAAUUCUGAACCCCAACCCUCCAAAGCUACCUCCUUCACAGACCCAUCAUCACCAAGAUCGCCAGUUUGCAACUCCUUCAGCUGCUUUACUCUCUCUUUUACCACCCCUCCCUAGAGCACAAGCACUUCUUUUUCAAAUGGCUUCCUUAGCUUCUAAGCUCUUUGAAGUAUCACCCAACAGGUCUGUUUGGGUCACUGCAUUUCGUGGAUCGCUUCCAACAUUCCUUUCUUCCCAAAGCCAAGCACAUUCAUCUUCCUCGCUCGAGUCUUCGCCUUCCACCACCAAAGAAAUUAUUUCACUCUUCACUGCACUUCAAACCCAAAUCUUUGAAGCUGUUUCUGAACUCCAAGAAAUUAUUGAUCUACAAGAUGCCAAGCAGAAGAUUGACCGCGAAAUUCGCUCAAAAGAUUUGGCACUUCUUGCAUUUGCCAACAAACUCAAAGCUGCUGAGCGGGAACUUGACAUUCUUGUUGAUGAUUACUCUGAUUAUCACCGUAGCACCAAGAGAUUCAAAUCAGGAGAUGGCAGUGAAGAUGAUUCUUUAACCACCUCAACUGUCUCUUCUCAGCUGAAGCUGUCAGAUAUACUAUCGUAUGCCCAUCGAAUAAGUUACACAACCUUUGCACCACCAGAAUUUGGAGCAGGAACGGCUCCUCUUCGUGGUGCAUUGCCACCUGCACCACAAGAAGAACAAAUGAGAGCUUCACAGUUAUAUAAUUUUGCAGACCUUGAUAUUGGAUUGCCUAGAGCAGUUGAAACUAAGGAGAAAACAGUUGAGGCUAUUAUUGAGCCUCCACCUAUACAGCCUGUGGAUACAAAUCCACUUUCGAAUUUGUCUGCAAUUCAAGGGCUGCUACCUCCAAAUUUUUCUGUUCCGCCUGGUUGGAAGCCUGGAAUGCCUGUACAAUUGCCUAUUGAUAUACCAAUUAAGCCCCCACCUGGGUGGAAACCAGGGGAUCCUGUGGCAUUGCCUCCUAUGGACUCACUUUCAGUAUCAAGAUUUGAGGAACCAAAAUUACCUCCUCACAUUCCUCAGCCCAAGCAGCCAGAAGUUAUUCAAGUGCAGCAUGUUAAUUUGGAUCUAGGAGGAAGUGAUAGUAGUGAUUAUAGUAGUGAUGAGGCAAGUUCCGACGACGAAGAUUGAGAAGUCCAUGAAACUUAUGAUCUCAAAUUGUUGACUGUACAAGUGAUAUUUUGUUUUCAUAAGUUUUCCUUUUAAUUUAAAAUAGUUGUAAAUGCAUGAUAUGUCUGAAUUCCCAGCAUUGAUUUUUCCUUCUAGUAAUUUGCUCCUUCUGCAUUUUAUACUUAUGUCAUUCACCUAUGUCUAUGUUUAAUGUGAUAAGGUCCUGUCAUUACAUCGCA